GGUGACGGGGGAAAUCCUGGGUGGCCUGGGCUCUGCGGUGGUGGGACUGAGCCCAGCGUUCCUGCGAGUCUCCCCGUUGGAGCUAUUGGAGCCAGCCUUUCCCAGCAUCGCAAGGCACAGCAGUGCCCUGAGCUCUGUGCAGAAGGCAGUCAUUGUCAACAAACUCUGGGAAUCCGAGGACGUGAAGUGGCUCACAGCUCUGCCUCCACUGAUAAAGCAUGUUCCUCUGAUAUCCAUCAGAUCAAAGAUCACCACUCUGUUAUCCAACAUCACUGACCUGAGCCAAACCAAGUGGAAUGUGCAGCAGGCACAGAUGCUGUUCGAGAAUGUUUUGGAAGCAAAUAAUCACAACAUGACCGCCGACUUCUUCAUUUCUUUGGGUUCCGUGGCCCGAGGUGUGCACUGUCCGACGCUGAGAGGACUGACGACGCCUGACUCUCUCCUGAAGCUUCUCAGCUUCUUUCGGGAUCUUCCGGUUGAAUUGCACACCUCCCUGAAAAAGUGUAUCCUGGAAAGGUUGGAUCAUGUCAACAUCUCUGUGGAGACUGUGGCCAGCAUGGGACCCCAACUGCUAUUUGACCUUCAGCUGGGAGAUAUUCGGCAAUUCUCCAGGGAUAUGAUGCAGAAUCUGGUCCAAAUCCUGGCACGAAAUCCAAUCCCUUUCCUGAGGAUCCCCAGAGUGAAGCAGAGCCUCCUGAUGGACCGGGUUGUGGAGGAGCUGAAUCUAUACACCGGGGAGUUUUCCGAAGCGGAGCUGGAUUUGCUGGGAGAGGCGUCCGUAUUCGUGCCAGAUGAGAUUUUCAUGAACGUCUCCCGGUUGGACCUGAAGACGAACCUGUGGAAAGUCAGAGGUUACUGCUUCGGCGAUGAAAAGCAAAGCCUCUUGGGAUUCAUGCUAACGGAGAACGCCAUGUUUGGCGACUCCUCCAACUGGACAUCUCUCACCUUGGAUAAGUUAGACAGGCUGAUCUUCUUCCUUUCCACUGAAGACAUAAUGAAGCUUCCUCAGGAGAUCCUGAUUCUGGAGAAGCUCGAGACGCUGUUUCACAGCCAGCAGCGCUGGGCGGAGAGCCAGCUGGGAGCCGCCUGCCUGGACAACAUGGAGCAAGUCACGCUGGAUGAGCUGUUUGUAAAACAGCAGAUAUUACUGCAGAGGGCCGUCGGAAUCCUGGAUACUCAGCAGCAACGGAGGACAUCAGGAAGGAGCCUCAUCCUGUCUGAUAAAACCUUAGCUGGCUCAGCUGCUCCGACCUGCAACUCAGUCAGGAACACUUUCCCCUCCGCGUGGACCGUGUCUCUGUUGAUCCUCAUGUCUGACGACGAGUUCACAAACUGCUUGGAGUUGAUCGGCCAGGACCCCCACUUUGGCUCGUUUGAACUGUACUCGCUUCUGGAAAGGGUUAAAGAGAUUCACGGCUCUGCGGCUGAGCUGCAGCCCUCAGUGAUCGGGCAGUUGGGGCGGGUGGCCACCAGCCUGACGGAGGAGGAGCUGGCGCAGCUGGAUUUGUCCGACCUGAUGGCGGUGAUGGCUCUGGGCAGCGUCUGGGAGUGGAGCGACAGGCAGCUCAGUGUCCUGGUCACCACCUUCCUGAGGGUGAGCAGGUCCGCAGUAGCCGAGUUGGAUUCUGUCAGCCUCGUGGCUUUGGGUCACCUCAUCUGUGGCAUUGACCCUGAGGAUCUCGCUUUGAUCGACCCACUGCAGCUCAGUGACGCGGUGCUGUGGAUUGGUAAACUGAGCUUGAGCUGCAGUGAGGCUCAGCUGGAAUGUCUGGCCAGGCUCCUGACUCAGCCCCAAGCCUUUGGAGAGGUCAGCUGGUGGGGAGAGGGGGAGUUCACCGAAAUUGGCUCGAUUGCAGCUGGUCUGCCUGACAUUGUGCUGUCGGCUCUGGUGAAAGAACAAAUUGAAGGGCUCACCACUGUUGCCAUAGCUGCAAUCCCACCGAAGAAGUUUGCUGUGGCGCUCAGUCCCAGUCAGAUUCGGAUGUUCAGCUAUGAACAGGGAGCGGCUGUGACCAACGAACAAUACAACAAUCUCAAUUACCUACAGAAAAAGGCUCUCUCAUUGGUCCUGACAUCGUGGGACAAGGCAGCAAUUGACAUUAGCGGACGAUCUCCGGGAACAGCAAUUUACGGGAGCCUCGUUGAAGUGUUAGUGUGUGUCCUCUGUAGUGUUUUACAUAUAAGAGAAGCAGCUAAUCUGUAG